AUGGAAUUUGAAGUUUAAGAAAAUUAAGCCAAUAACUCCAUAUAAGGAAUAAUAAAUCUUUAGCCUUAGGUGAAUUAAGUGAACUAAGUCUAAGUAUAAUAGUAAGAAAUAUAAAUUAAACAAACUGACAUUCAAGUUUCUAGCACACUAGAAGAAAGCGUAGCAGUCACAUUACUUCGAGAUUUGAGAUAAAUAGGAAUAAAAUUGAGAUGCGUUUUGGUACCUACAAUGUCAACUGAUAAUGCUAGAGAACUCAGAAAUUGGGAUUUGUGGGGACCAUUAGUAUUUUGUUUGAUGCUUGCAUUAACCCUAAGUUUGAGCGGUAAUAAUGAUGAUGGCCCAGGAAUAUUUGCAACAAUAUUUGUACUUAUUUGGGUUGGAUCCUUUGUGGUUACUCUAAAUGCUUAAUUAUUGGGUGGAAAAGUAUCAUUUUUCCAAUCAGUUUGUGUUCUGGGAUAUUGUGUAUUUCCAAUAAAUUUAGGAGCAUUAUUUACUUUAUUCUUUUAGUUCUUUUAUUUGAAGAUGUUUUUGGUUAUUGGAUGUUUUCUAUGGUCCACUUACUCUGCGGUAGGAUUCAUGAAAUUAUUAAUUCCAGAAUAGAAAAGAAUAUUAGCACUUUACCCAGUGAUUUUAUUCUAUUUGUUUUUAAGUUGGUUUGCUCUGAUUGUUUGAAUAUCAUAUUUUAUAUUAAUUAAUAUAUUAUUUAUAA